AAAAUCAAUUAAAUAAAAUGCAAAUAUUGACAGAGGAAGAAGCUGCAGUUUAUGAUCGACAAAUACGAUUGUGGGGAGUUGAAGCUCAACAGAGACUGCGAAAUGCAAAAGUUUUGGUUGUUGGUUUGUCAAGUUUAGGUAAUGAAGUUUGUAAAAACAUAUUACUUGCUGGAAUUCAUCACAUGACAAUGCUAGAUGAUACUAUUCUAUCAAAAGAAGAUUUCAAUUACCAGUUUAUGACAAAUGAUGAAAAAAUUGGUAUUAAUAAAGCAGAAGCAUAUUUACCUCGAUGUAAAGAACUGAAUCCAAUGGUAGAUAUUGUAAUAGAUAAAGAUUCAGUUACAUGCAAGACUGAUUCUUUUUUUUCCAAAUAUGAUUUAGUUUGUAUGACCUCUGGAUCAGGACAAGACCAGUUAAAAAUAAAUGAAAUAUGCCAUCGCUUAGGAAUAAAGUUUAUAUGUGGUGGUGUUUUUGGUUUUUAUGGCUAUAUAUUUUCAGACUUAACAUCAUCCCAUGUCUAUACAGAAGAAAAGCCAAAAAUUGUAGAAGCAGUAAUUGGAAAUUUGAAGAAAGAAAACUCUGAAUGUACUGAUCCUGAUUACGAAGAAAAGGAAACUUCUUUCUGUUCAUUAUCUGAAGCACUCUCUGUUCCUUUAUUUGAAGGAAAAAGUUUACGACAAGCCAAACAAAUUAGCAAAGUCUAUCUUGUUAUGCGAGUUAUGUUUGAAUAUCACACAAAAUAUAAAACAUAUCCAACUGAAAUUAAAAGCUCCCAUGAAAUAGAGCAGCUGCUUGAAGUUCGCAAUGAAGUCUUUGAGAAACUCAAAAUUGACAAUGAUUUAUUAUCUGAUGAUUUUCCUAGUUUGGUAAGCUGCAUACUCUAUCCAGUCAAUGCUGUAGUUGGUGGUGUUCUUUCUCAAGAAGUUAUAAAGGCUGUUUCCGGUCGAGACGCUCCUCACAACAAUUUUUUUUUUUAUGAUGCGCACGCAACAAGUGGAGUGGUGGAAUACAUUUCUCCUAAAAACUUGACGCUAAACAAUCGUUAAAGACUUUAUUUUGAAGGAGUGUGAAGGGAGCUUUUUUAUAAAUCUUUUUAAUUGGAUUUUAAAAGUUAAAAAGAAUUAAAUUAUUUAAAGUUUUAAAA